CUCACUGCCUCACUGAACUUGAAGCUGCAAUGCGGCUCAUGCGCAGCUACAGUUGUGAGUUCUAUGUUUAUGUAGGUUGAAUCUACAGGUCUGCACAAUUCAUGGCGUCCUAGUAAAGUUGCAGCUUCCAGGCCUUCACUCCCAGUCUUCACGGCCACAUUGUCCUGCAUUUGGCGCCAUUGCAAAGCAACGCCUCAAUUUUGCUGCUCGGCUCUGCAUUGCUUCUACAAACUGCCGUCUAAGGUGGAGGCUGACAGGCAAGGACGGAAGCUCACAGAAGGCAAUCGAAUUUCAAGCUCUUUCAGUACGUGCCCAUUACGAGGAUAUUCCGAGGGCUUGAAGCUGAGAAUUUCACCCUCGUAGGAUUUCCUAGCAAAGCGCUGCCAAGACACAGAUUGCCCUUCUGUCCUGUAAGUAGAGGUGCCAACUUCUUCCCAGGACCUCUGUUCUCAACCGCACAGAAAGCCCUCCUCAGGUCAAUCAUAGGAGAGCAGAAUAGAACGAUGGCUACGACCAGUGCCGCUCUCACCACACAAUUCUCCUUACUUCAUGGGCCAUCAUUCACAGCACGACAGCGGGCCAGUGUAGAGCCAAGCGCUGCCAGGUGCUUAGCUUGCAGGCUAUUGAGGCCAGCUCUUGGGGCAGUAUCAAGGAGCAGAAAAAGAAUGGGGGUUAAAGCCAGAAGCUCACAUGAAGAAGAAGGAUGUUCUGCGGACCCUGCACUACUCGAAUCGCGAGACGAGACCAAAGUGGGGUUGUCCAGAAGGGCCACUCUAGUGGGUGGAGCGCUUCUGGGUGCAGCGGUUGUAGGGUCAAGUGCGGACAUUCGAGAAGCACAGGCUGCGGACGAGCCAGCAAUCACACGGAAGGUCUUCUUUGACAUCACAGUUGAUGGUGAGCCGAUCGGGCGGUUCGUCGUGGGGCUGUAUGGCGACGACGUGCCAAUUGGCACGGCUCGAUUUGCAGACCUAGCGGCAGGCAAGCAAUCGGUUGGGUACCGGAGACGGCCUAUCGAGCUCAUAACACCGAACUCCAUCCAGGGGGCCGCUUUAAUAUCCUUGUACCCCGGGGGUAAUCGCUCCGCUGGGACCCCGAUCACGGGCGGUGAGACGACGGGCCCGCUGCUGAACGAGAUGGAGGCGCAGCGGGGGCGGAUGAGCAACAGCCAGUAUGCCGUGUCGCUUCUGAUAGUGGACAGCAAGAAAGAGGCGGCCAAGCAGAAACUGGUGGCGGCCGAUGGCAAGUUUUACGUUGUUGAGGAGAGCAGCCGACCGGAACUGAACGGCACUGCGUUUUCGAUUGCGACGGUGGACGCCCCGGAGCUGGACAAAACGAACCUCGUCAUCGGACGAGUGAUCGACGGCAUGGAGGUCGUGAGAAAGAUUGCAAACUUGCCAGUCAAUAGAGACAAUUCAGACAGCGGCUUUUUCAAAGUAGGGAAACUCAUAGGAGACCGGCGUGCCAUAGUGGCUGAAAGGGGCUUCAAUCGUCCAUUCGCAAAAGUAAUGGUGGCAUCGUGUGGGGAGCUUGCUAGUCAAGAAUAAUAUAUUAUGUGGCUCACGGAAGGCCGGCAUAGAUCCUGACCAUGCUUUCAUCAGGUCAAUGUGCCCUCCUCCCACAAAGGGCGCGUUUUCCAAUGAUUUUGCAUGAUUGCUCAAAGGACUGCACUGGUGGCCUGGACAAGGUGUUGAACUUGGGAAGACUCACGGCAAAAAACGAUCGAAAGGAUGCACUUCGUGCAUAGCGCUCAAAGUUCUCGUAGU